AUGUGUUGGCGCUCUGUGACUUUUACUGAGUCUUGAACAGUCGCUAUACGACUAAGUGUUGUUCAGAAGGCAGCAGUAGGUUCCGCGGCUGUGAUUCUGAUCGCAGCUUAGCACAGAAUCUUUUGUUGCGAACUGCACUGUAGUGUGGAGCUCACGUGUUAGGCCUCAGGACGAAUCUACAGAUCAUAAUCUCAACAGAAAGACACAGCUGGAUCAACCUGCACGCAAUAUGCCGGGUAAAGUUGCAACGGAGGAAACUGCGAGGCUUUUCUUGGAAGAUGGCUCUUCUUUCAAAGGCAGGCUGUUCGGUGCGAGUACCAGCGUCUUUGGAGAAGUCGUUUUCCAGACUGGAAUGGUUGGCUACCCAGAGGCUUUGACUGAUCCAUCAUAUUAUUGCCAAAUACUUGUCCUUACCUAUCCAUUAAUUGGGAACUAUGGCAUACCAAAGGAUGAAGAGGAUAAAUAUGGACUCAGCAAGUGGUUUGAGUCUUCCAAAGUUCAUGCUGCCGCAUUAGUGAUUGGUGAAAAUUCACAGCAUCCAAGUCACUGGAGCUCUGUUCGCUCAUUAGACCAGUGGUUGAAAGAACAAGGAAUUCCUGCAUUAGAGGGUGUGGAUACCAGAAGCCUAACAAAGAAGAUUCGAGAAAAAGGCACACUGCUGGGAAAGCUGGUCAUAGAUGGGACUGACAAGAACAGUCUUCCUUUUGAUGACCCAAAUAAAAGACAUUUGGUGAAGGAAGUUUCCAUUAAGGAACCCAAAGUGUACAAUCCCUCUGGAGAUGUGAAAAUUAUGGCAGUGGACUGUGGGAUGAAGUAUAACCAGAUCAGAAGCCUCUGUAUGAGAGGUGCUUCUGUCAUUGUUGUACCAUGGGAUUAUCCUUUUAGUAAUGAAGAGUUUGACGGGUUAUUUCUAAGUAAUGGACCGGGAGAUCCUGAAUUUUGUCAACUAACAAUAAACAAUCUCCGAAAGGUUGUUUGUGAAGAGAAGCCAAAACCAUUAUUUGGAAUUUGUUUGGGUCACCAGCUUCUUUCAUUAGCAAUUGGAGCUAAGACGUAUAAAAUGAAGUAUGGAAACCGUGGACAUAACCAGCCUUGUAUUCAUGAAGAUACACAGCGUUGCUUUAUCACUUCACAGAAUCAUGGGUUUGCUGUUGAACCGAGUUCUCUUCCAAAAGAUUGGUCUGUUUUGUUCACCAAUGCUAAUGAUCAGUCUAAUGAAGGAAUAGUUCACAAUACUAAGCCAUUAUUCAGUGUCCAGUUUCACCCAGAACAUAUGGCAGGACCAACAGAUCUUGAGAAUCUUUUUGAUAUCUUUUUGGAUUGCGUGCAGGAUGUGAAGCAGGGAGUUAAUUUGGAAAAAACUGUUAAGGAACGGAUGACUUAUUUUUAUUCAUACAAAAGUGGAACUGAUCUAUGUAAAAUCCCAUCCGGAAGAAUACAACCUCGCAAAGUCCUCAUUCUUGGGUCAGGUGGAUUAUCUAUUGGUCAAGCUGGGGAGUUUGAUUAUUCUGGUUCUCAGGCUAUUAAAGCUCUGAAAGAGGAGAAUGUUCAAUCAGUGCUUAUUAAUCCAAAUAUUGCAACAGUACAGACAUCUAAAGGACUCGCAGACAAAGUCUAUUUUCUGCCUAUUACUCCAGAAUAUGUCACACAGGUUAUUAUGAAUGAACGGCCGGAUGGAAUCCUCCUGACAUUUGGUGGACAGACUGCAUUAAAUUGUGGAGUAGAGCUUCAAAAAAGAGGAGUUUUAGAAAAAUAUAAUGUCAGAGUUUUGGGCACUCCAGUUUCUUCCAUUGAGAUGACAGAAGAUCGCAAAAUAUUUGUGGAGAAAAUGGCACAAAUUAAUGAAUAUGUUGUCCCCAGUGAAGCUGCCUUCUCUUUAGAUCAGGCACAAAGUGCAGCAGAACGCCUGGGUUAUCCAGUUCUGGUACGGGCUGCCUUUGCUUUGGGUGGCUUGGGCUCAGGAUUUGCUCAGAACAAAGAGGAGUUGGUGACCUUAGUGACACAGACAUUUGCACAUACGUCUCAAAUUCUGAUCGAUAAGUCUUUGAAAGGCUGGAAGGAAAUAGAAUAUGAAAUUGUCAGAGAUGCCUAUGAUAAUUGUAUCACAGUUUGCAAUAUGGAAAAUGUCGAUCCAUUAGGAAUCCACACAGGGGAAUCUAUAGUUGUUGCACCAAGUCAAACUCUAAAUGAUAAGGAAUAUAACAUGCUAAGAACUACGGCAAUCAAAGUGAUACGGCACUUGGGUGUUGUUGGGGAGUGUAAUAUUCAGUAUGCCCUGAACCCUGAGUCUGAACAGUAUUUUAUCAUUGAGGUGAAUGCUCGUCUUUCUAGAAGUUCAGCUUUGGCCAGUAAAGCAACUGGUUAUCCAUUGGCUUAUGUUGCAGCUAAACUAGCCUUGGGCAUCCCCUUGCCUGUCCUAAGAAAUUCUGUGACAAAUUCAACAACUGCAAACUUUGAGCCCAGCCUGGAUUAUUGUGUUGUGAAGGUACCCCGUUGGGAUCUGAGCAAGUUCUUGCGUGUAAGCACCAAAAUUGGAAGUUCCAUGAAGAGUGUUGGAGAAGUGAUGGCUAUUGGUCGUAAUUUUGAAGAAGCUUUUCAGAAAGCACUGAGAAUGGUAGAUGAGAAUUGUGUUGGAUUUGAUCAUACCUUGAAGCUGGCUACUGAUGAGGAACUUAAAACUCCAACGGAUAAGAGGAUCUUUGUCCUUGCUGCUGCCUUGAGGUCAGGCUAUGAAAUUGAACGUCUAUAUGAGUUGACCAGAAUUGACAAAUGGUUUCUUCACAAGAUGAAAAACAUUGUUGAAUAUUCACUGAAGCUGGAGUUGUACACAAAGGAUGAAAUGCCUUGUCAUGAUCUCCUGCAAGCGAAGCGUCUUGGUUUCUCUGAUAAACAGAUUGCAAUAGCCAUACAGAGUACUGAGCUCGCAGUGAGGCGAUUGAGACAGGAGUGGAACAUCCUUCCUGUGGUGAAACAGAUUGAUACAGUAGCAGCUGAAUGGCCUGCUCAAACCAACUACCUUUAUUUGACAUAUAAUGGUGAAGGACAUGAUCUUGACUUUACUACACCACAUGUGAUGGUAAUCGGUUCUGGAGUUUACAGAAUAGGGAGCAGCGUGGAAUUUGAUUGGUGUGCUGUUGGAUGUAUCCAACAGUUACGCAAGAUGGGCUACAAGACCAUAAUGGUGAAUUAUAAUCCUGAAACUGUCAGUACAGAUUAUGAUAUGUGUGACAGGCUUUACUUUGAUGAAAUAUCAUUUGAGGUUGUGAUGGAUAUUUAUGAACUUGAAAAUCCAGAGGGUAUAAUCCUGUCUAUGGGGGGACAGUUGCCAAACAACAUUGCCAUGGAUCUACAUCGCCAGCAGUGUCGAAUCUUGGGCACAUCUCCGGAAUCCAUUGACACAGCUGAAAAUCGCUUCAAGUUCUCCCGAAUGUUGGAUACUAUAGGAAUUAGCCAGCCACUAUGGAAGGAACUGUCUGACACUGAGUCCUCCAAACAGUUUUGUGCAAAAGUUGGUUAUCCAUGUCUCAUUCGCCCUUCAUACGUGCUGAGUGGGGUUGCUAUGAAUGUGGCUUACUCGGACAGUGACUUGGAGAAGUUCCUUAGCAGUGCAGUGGCCGUUUCAAAGGAGCACCCAGUAGUCAUAUCGAAAUUCAUUCAAGAGGCAAAGGAGAUUGAUGUGGAUGCAGUUGCCUGUGACGGCGUUGUGAUAGCAGUAGCUAUAUCAGAACAUGUAGAAAAUGCAGGAGUUCACUCUGGAGAUGCGACAUUGGUGACUCCACCUCAAGACUUAAAUCAGAAAACAACAGAAAGAAUCAAAGCUAUAGUACAUGCAAUUGGUCAAGAAUUACAAGCCACUGGACCAUUCAACCUUCAACUCAUUGCAAAGGACGACCAACUCAAGGUGAUAGAAUGCAAUGUGAGAGUUUCACGUUCUUUUCCAUUUGUAUCUAAAACACUUGGCGUUGACAUGAUAGCCCUAGCUACGCAAGUAAUUAUGGGUGAAGAAGUUGAACCUGUGGGGCUAAUGACUGGUACAGGAGUUGUAGGUGUAAAGGUGCCUCAGUUUUCAUUUUCCCGCCUCGCUGGGGCAGAUGUGGUCCUGGGAGUAGAGAUGACAAGUACUGGAGAGGUGGCCUGCUUUGGAGAAAAUCGUUAUGAGGCCUACCUCAAAGCCAUGUUGAGUACUGGCUUUAAAAUACCUAAAAAGAACAUACUGCUUUCAAUUGGCAGCUACAAGAACAAAAGUGAGCUGUUGUCCACAGUACAGUCUUUGGAACAGCUUGGUUAUAAUCUGUAUGCAAGUUUGGGUACAGCAGAUUUUUACACUGAGCACGGGAUUGAGAUCAAGGCAGUAGAGUGGCCAUUUGAAGAUUCUGACAGUGAUGGCCCUUUGAAAGAGAGACAUAGAAGCAUUGUGGACUAUCUAGAAGAAAAUCAUUUUGACUUGGUUAUAAACCUCUCCAUGAGGAAUUCUGGAGGACGACGCCUUUCUUCAUUUGUUACCAAGGGUUAUCGAACCAGGCGAUUGGCUGUAGACUACUCUGUUCCAUUAAUUAUUGAUAUCAAGUGCACUAAACUGUUCGUUGAGGCUUUACGGCUGAUAGGCAACACCCCUCCAGUGAAGACUCAUAUUGAUUCCAUGACUUCUCACAAAUUGAUUCGCUUACCAGGUUUAAUUGAUGUCCAUGUACAUCUUCGUGAGCCUGGUGGAACCCAUAAGGAAGAUUUUGCUUCUGGAACUGCAGCAGCUUUGGCAGGAGGAAUUACCAUGGUGUGUGCUAUGCCAAACACAAAUCCAGCAAUCACAGACCAUGCUACCUUUGCCCUUGUACAAAAGUUGGCCACUGCUGGUGCUCGUUGUGACUUUGCAUUGUUUCUGGGAGCAUCUUCAGACAAUGCUGAUGUUUUACCUUUGAUUAGCAAUUCUGCUGCUGGCUUGAAGAUGUAUCUAAAUGAUACUUAUUCAACACUCAAAAUGGAUAAUGUAUCCUUAUGGAUAGAGCAUUUUGAGAAGUGGCCAAAGCAUUUGCCUAUAGUAGUGCAUGCUGAGAGACAGACUGUAGCGGCCAUUUUAAUGGUUGCUCAGUUGUAUCAACGACCAGUUCACAUUUGCCACGUAGCUAGAAAGGAGGAGAUCCAAAUCAUUCGAGCUGCGAAACAGAAAGGUGUACAAGUAACCUGUGAAGUGGCUCCUCACCACCUGUUCCUGAGUGAGGAUGAUCUUGAAAGUAUCGGUCAUGGCAAAGGUCAGGUCAGGCCAAUGCUCAGUACCAAAGAUGAUGUGAAAGCUCUAUGGGAAAAUUUGGACAUUAUCGACUGUUUUGCAACUGAUCAUGCCCCACAUUCUCUUGAAGAAAAGAACAGUAAUUCACCACCACCAGGUUACCCUGGUUUAGAGACCAUGAUGCCACUAUUACUUACAGCUGUCAGUGAAGGAAAGCUCACCAUCGAUGACCUCGUUAAACGAUUAUAUGAAAAUCCCCGUAAAAUUUUCUCCUUGCCAGUUCAGGAAAACACCUAUGUGGAGGUUGACUUGGAGCAAGAAUGGACUAUUCCAAGCUACAUGGAAUUCACAAAGUCCAAAUGGACACCAUUUGAAGGAAUGAAAGUGAAAGGGAAAGUCAGACGCGUUGUAUUGAGAGGUGAAGUGGCUUACAUUGAUGGACAGGUAUUGGUUCCUCCUGGUUAUGGACAAGAUGUGAGAGCAUGGCCUUUGGGUGUCCCAUUGCCGCCAGCAUUAACCACAGUAAAAACUCCAGAGCAUUCAAAACAUCCUUCUCAAACUGAAACAGUCCGAACCAGAGCACCAAGCCCUCGCAGGUUGGCAAGUGGUGGUCCUGCAAUGGAUGGUAGGUUCCAUCUUCCUCCAAGAAUCCAUCGCUCUUCUGACCCUGGACUUCCAAAUGCUGAAGGAGAAUUCAAGGAAAAAGCAACCAAGAAAUUCAUCGAACAAGAUACCAUUAAUCAAGACGGUUAUAUACAUCCUCCUCCAGUCUCGAGGCUUCUAUCACCACAGAAUCUAGCGGUUCAAACUGUCCCUCAUCCGUGUUCCCCUUUGUUGCAUCAUUAUGUUGGACAACACAUUCUGUCAGUCAGACAGUUUACCAAAGACCAGUUAUCCCAUUUGUUCAAUCUUGCUCAUAACCUGCGUUUGACGGUGCAGAAAGAUCGUAGCUUGGACCUUCUAAAGGGGAAAGUUAUGGCUUCCAUGUUUUAUGAGGUCAGCACAAGAACUAGUAGUUCAUUUGCUGCUGCCAUGCAACGGCUUGGAGGUUCUGUGAUUCAUUUUUCAGAAGCUACUUCUUCUGUACAGAAAGGGGAGUCUCUCUUAGAUUCUGUACAAACAAUGAGCUGCUACGUGGAUGUCUUGGUUCUGCGCCAUCCUCAGCCAGACGCAGUUGAGCUUGCUGCUAAACAUUGUCGAAAGCCUAUUAUUAAUGCAGGAGAUGGUGUUGGUGAGCACCCAACUCAGGCAUUGCUUGACAUUUUUACUAUUCGUGAGGAGCUGGGGACAGUGAAUGGAAUGACGAUUACAAUGGUUGGAGAUCUGAAACAUGGGAGAACAGUACAUUCACUGGCCUACCUUCUUACAUUAUACCGUGUUAAUCUCCGAUAUGUUACUCCCAGAAACCUUCGCAUGCCGCAAAAUAUCAUACAUUUUCUGGCAUCUAAAGGAAUCAAGCAGGAGGAAUUUGAUAGUUUGGAAGAGGCUUUACCAGAUACUGAUGUGUUAUACAUGACAAGGAUUCAGAAAGAAAGAUUUGCCUCCGAGGAAGAAUACAGAGCGUGUUUUGGACAGUUUAUUCUCACUCCUCACAUCAUGACAAAAGGCAAGAAGAAAAUGGUGGUUAUGCAUCCAUUGCCUCGAGUUAAUGAAGUUAGUGUCGAGGUGGAUUCUGAUCCACGGGCAGCUUACUUCCGCCAAGCUGAAAAUGGCAUGUAUGUGAGAAUGGCUCUACUAGCAACAGUUUUAGGCAAGUUUUAAAACCACAGAAGACCGAUAUAAAAGCAAGAAAAUGAAUGGCAUUCAGCAAAUUUAAAAAUACUUCAUAAAAUUUGUGAUAGCUUUUUAUGACUGUGACUUUAAAAGAUGGAAAUAUCUGGGCUACUUUGGUUAUCACUGUAAAAUUUCCAAGUUUACAGGAUUAAUGUAAUUCCAUUAUUUGCUGUCUUGUAUUAGAUCAGAUCAGGUGUCAUUUGUUUCUGAUCUCGUGAAAAACACUCCCUAUUCAUCUGCCCACUUGGAAUAGGAGGUUUAAUGUGUAGCUAUUAGCUGGUCACCACUUUUUCAAAAAUACCCAGGCUUGUGACAUGGUCACAAGUGCCUUAGCCUCUAAAAUAAUGAACUACUCAGGACUUCACGAUUUUUCAACUGCUCAGCAAACAUUUUUCAUCUGUCUGUGAUUUUUUUUUUAUAAAGCUACUCUUUAAAACUGUAGUCACAAUUUACUGCUACACAAAAUUCUUCAGUAGUAAAGAUUUAAAAAGUUCUGUCUGUGAUUGCAAAUAUUAUAAGACUGGAAAUUUUUGUUUUCAGUUUUUUGUUAUUUGAAUUGAGACAUUUGAUUUGCACCAGUUAUUAAAAUGAAAUUAAGAAUUUGCAUACUCGAACCACAACACUGAUUUCAACAGUGGUGAUCUAAAUAUCUCCUAAGUCCUUUAAAGGUAUUCAAUGUAUUUCAAAGUAGAAAUCAUGUCUACAGGAUAUUCAAUGUUAUACAUUCCAGUUUUAGCAAAUACAUGUAACAGCACAUUUAAAGAUACUUGUGUUUGCAGAAUCGUUUCAGAAAUUGGUCCUUUUUUUUUGGAACUGUUCAAGUUUAGCUUCAAUCUGCAGACUUUGUUUCGACCACAUUAAGCUGGAGAUGAGGUGGCCCAUAAAUUCACAGAAUCCCAAAAAUACCUGAGAAUAAGCAUGUUUGGUAUAUUAAUGUGUUAGAAAAGUUAUUAUCUUCUAUAGUCUAUUCACUACUUGGGGAAUCUUUUUGGUCUGAUCUAUUUAGCAGUAUAAAAUUGUUUCAUUGUUCAAGUGAAAUUGAUAAAGUUAUUGACUGUGCUCUGAAGUACGCUUUAGGAACUAAAACCUUUGGAUCAAAAAUAAGAUUUGUCAAAAGUGGGCAAAUCAAAUUUCUGUGGAGUUGUAGAUGUACCAUUUCUGUAAGAUUGCUGGGAAAGAAUCAAUGCAUUUGAAGCUUUUCCAUCUGAAUGAGACUUAUUAUAGAGUCAACUUUGUAAAAUGUGAGGCCACUGAAACAUUUAUGUAUUGAAGUAUUAUUGAUUGCUGGACUUUGUUGAUUAAGUUUCUGUGUUCAUAUUUCUAUGCAUGUUAGGUUGAUUCUGAUCUUGCAAAAAUACCACAUGUAUGCUGUUAAGAUUGAUCAUAUAGAACCCGGGCAGCUUUUGUUUUGUCAUCAAUGUGAACAUUAUGAUUUUUGUUGAAAGUAUUUUCCUGCAAUUCAUUGCUUGCUCACUUUUUUUAGAAACUGAAAGAUCUUUUGUUUAAUAAAAAGAACUUAA